AUGGACUCUCCAUCGGUUGCGCGUCUCUUCAGACGCCUGGCUUCUCACCAAUUCUGCGAGAAAAGUGUCCCCGCACAAGCCCACGCGCGGUCCAUAGCAGCCGCACCCGCAGCCUCCCAAUGGCUGAAUCAAGGCUCAUACUCGCAACGACGCCGCCAGAGCACGCGACCCCAGACCCGAACUUCUCAGCCCAAAGUCAAGACGACCGUCGAGAGCUCAUGGCAACAACGAACGGAUCAUUUCCCCCAGGACAAAGCAGAAGAAUUCAAGCGUUUCCCCAGCAUCACCGCAGAUGCGCUCCGAGGACGCAAAGAGCGACCACGGCGGGUGAAGAUGCUGAUGCGGGACUUCAUCGAGGACUCAUUAUACAACCCUCAAUAUGGAUACUUCAGCAAGAACGUCACCAUUUUCUCUCCCGGUGCGCCCUUUGAUUUCAGCCAAAUACGAGACGAGCCUGAAUUUUACAAACUGCUGGGAGAGCGCUACACACAAUUUGAAGAUAAACUCGACGCGGAGGAGCAUAAUGACACCCGACAGCUAUGGCAUACACCCACAGAGCUGUUUCGACCCUACUAUGGAGAGGCGAUAGCGAGAUACAUGGUGGCCAACUACAAACUCACCCUCUAUCCCUACCACGAUCUUGUCAUCUACGAAAUGGGCGCGGGAAAUGGAACCUUGAUGCUCAACAUCCUCGACUACAUCCGACAGGUCGAUCCGGAAGUCUACGCUCGUACCAAGUUCCGCAUUAUUGAAGUCUCCACAGCUUUGGCUUCCCUCCAAGCCGCCAAGCUACGAUCCAGUGCAUCAGCUCGUGGCCACGCAGACAAGGUUGAGAUUGUCAACAAAUCCAUCUUUGAUUGGAACCUCUAUGUGCCGACACCCUGCUUCUUCCUCGCAAUGGAGGUAUUUGACAACUUUGCCCACGAUGUGAUUCGCUACGACCCAUCCACCGAGGAAGUAAUGCAAGGAUCCGUCCUUAUCGACAACGAGGGCGACUUCUACGAAUUCUACUCCCGCACACUGGAUCCAGUAGCCUCACGCUACCUCCGCGUUCGAGACGCAGCCUGUCAAGACCGCUCAUAUCCCCACCCUCUACGACAGAGCAAGCUGUUGCGAAAGAUUCGCCACUCUCUGCCUUUUGCUCCCAACCUCACAGAGCCAGAGUAUAUCCCAACCCGUCUCAUGCAGUUCUUCCAAAUCCUUGCCACAAAAUUCCCCGCACAUCGGCUCAUCACCUCGGAUUUCCACUCCCUUCCCCAAGCCACCGUAGGAAUCAACGCACCUGUUGUCCAGACACGCUAUCAAAGACAAACUGUACCAGUCCGUACGCCGCUUGUGCAACAGGGAUACUUUGAUAUCCUGUUCCCGACCGAUUUCGGAGUCAUGGAGGAUAUGUAUCGUGCCAUUACAGGGCGACUCACGCGAGUCAUGACGCAUGAAGAUUUCUUCCAGAGAUGGGCGUAUGUCGAGGAUACGCAGAUGCGGAGUGGAGAGAAUGCUCUGCUGGGAUGGUAUAAGAACGCUUCGGUGUUGGUAACUGUGUAG